AUGAGAUUCCCGCUGGUUCCUGUCCUUUGGGCAAUUUCGUUAGCGCAACUAGUUACAUGUCUGCUUGCGGGGAACGAAGCCUACAAACUGGAAAUAGAGCCUGACAUAGAAGGCGGGACUGAGUUAGAAGUCUUUGCUUCAGGGUUCAAUAAGGGGAAAAUCCCUAUUCUUCGGGCUAUAGCCUAUCCAGAAGACGGCCUGCUCCGCAUAGCCGAAGCUUGGACUGGUCACGACGAAACACCGGUGAAGCUUUUCACCAGCCAAAUUGUUUCAGCGAUAUGGACGGAAAGUGGACACUCAAAGGCCAGUCUGAAAAAAAUUCAAAUCGACGAUGUCACGAAUAUUAAAACCGUAGCGGCAGCUCGGAUUGCUCGUGAUGAGCAAGGGAAAGAAAAGACACCUUUCGACAUCACGAAAGCGAAUGCCAAAGGCUGGGAGGCUAUGCUAAAAAGCCCGUUUGGAAAGGUUGCAGAAAGAAUAGCCAAAGAUAUGUCCAAGGAAGUCUCACGAGUCUCUUUGGGGAACUACUACAUAAUUGGAAAGUAUGGCAAAAGGGAGGAUACCCUUGGGUUCGAUCUGACAUAG